AUGGCACAAAAGAAGGCAAAAAAGAAUGGAAAGGGAGAAGUACCGAAGGACGCCGAAGAAGAUGAUGGUUGGACCAAGGUUACCUACCGUAAGGGAAGGAGCCAAACCCGCCGUGAUGUUCGUAGUGCUCCUCCAUCGAAUAGAAAGAAGACACCGGGACAUAAGAGCAAACCCCCACCACCCCAACGUCAACAGGAACAUAAGAAGGUUUAUGUGCCGGUAAAAAAACCACCUCCACCACCUAAUACGCACAUUAGAUUUCCGAGCCCAACACCAUCUUUUGAUGGGAUGGUUGAAGAUUGGGAGGAUAGAUUUGAGUGUGAGGAGGACAACCAAAGCCAACACCGAGAUGAAGAGCAAGAUCAAAACCAAGAAGGAACGUGCCUAGUGGGGGAGACCACGCCACCUGACCGUGUGCGCUCACCAUCGGCUAGGCACGCCUCGUCGGCUGGAUACUCAUACUCGGCAACUAGCACGCCCGCCUCGACACGGGUUGAGGCUUGCGCCUUGGCCAGAGUUGAGACACCCAUCUCGUCGCCUAGCAUCUCGGCGGGGGGCGAUUUGGUGGAUGUCCCGGCGCCUAGCGCCUCGGCAAACACCGCCUUCGUUGCCAUGAGUAAUGAUGACCCAUAG